AUGAGUGAAUCUCUUUUGUUUGAAUUCAAAAGUGCAAUUGAAUAUGAAAUGGAAAGAAACAUCACUGAUAAUGAUGUUUUUGGUGGCCUCCAUCUUGUUAGUGGUCUACACAUUGUGCGUGGUCCAACUGAUGUAGUUGAAGAUGAUGGCCUCAAAUUUGUGUGUGGUCCAACUGGUGCAAUUGGCCUCCACAUUGUGUGUGGUCCAACUGAUGUAGUUGAAGAUGAUGGCCUCAAUUUUGUGCGUGGUCUAGCUGGUCCAACUGGCGUAGUUGAAGACAGUGUUUUUGGCCUAAGUGGUACACUUGGUGUUGACUGUGUAGCAAAUGGUGAUGUAUCUUUGUUCCUUCUAACCUGA